AUGGGUGAUCUAUUGGUGGUUCUCGCAUUGUUGUUCAGGGUGACGGCCUAUGAUGCCGGUGGUAAUGACAGCGACAUUUCUCACCCUGUGUCACCAUCACUGACUGUCAAUUCAAAAUUUGUCAUUGUUUGUCAUAUUCCAAGUACAGCCACUACGCGCAAGACCGCCAUGGUGACAACGACCAGAACAUUUGGUUCUGAAAUAAUGAAGAAGAAAAUGGCAACGGAGAUCGGUCGUGAGAGGAGGGGAGAGGCCGAUCCGACAAUACCACCUGGUGCGACACUUGUUCAGGAGCCUGAGCCGUCGCUGCUAAACAUCCCAACUUCUGUUGGCAAGUUCGAGCUCAAGAAAAGGCACAUACUUAUGGCCAUUGGUGUCACUGUCUUUGCCCUACUUUUGAACAUUCAGUCUGCCAUCCCCUUAUUUGUCACGUCUAUCUGUGUUCCUUUGCUUUUAGUUCUUCUUAGAGUCAUCCGUGACGAAGGUGAUGGACAGUUAUUGACGCCUGCUGCCACAAAAUAUGUUUUUUUCCAUCAUGUUCUCACCAACGAUCAUGCUAUCAAUUGGAGGCUUUACCAUUUCAUCUGCCCCAACAAGACCAAUUUUGACCGAGCACUGAUCACUCGCGUUCUCACAUUACCACCCAAGCACCGUUCUGCUUGCAUUCAUGGGCGUGUCGCGUUUCGCCAGCAUGUGGAUCAGACCUCAGCAUUUGGCAAUCAAUCGCAUUGGCCACAAACAUCGGUGGACAGCUCGCUGUUAUCGUCACCACAAAAUAUCAUUGCGCUGCAGGCGAUGGACUCAUCGCUUGACUGCACAAAGUGGUUUGCUGUGGCUCUACCCAUUUCGGCUGGGCAAAAACAACAUUCCGAGACUUGUGAUUCUGGAGGCUGUGCUGAGUUUUAUACAACCUUCACUGUAUUGAGUAUCACAUGGCUAAGGCUAGAAUUCCGAUUCAACGCAGCGGUAGGAAUCUUGGUCUCAACACAAGCGCCUCAUGAAGGCAAUUUCAAACGAUACUCUGAUGGUGAAGCAGGGGUCUGGUGCCAUGGAAUGAGUGUUUUUACCCUGAUGACUGCAACUCCGGACACGAGUCCCACAACGCAUCUAAUCUCCAGGUCCACAUGUUCGGGUCUGGGGGAACCAUUUGCGUCAAAUCCAGCUCUUGAACGGCAGAUAGCGCUUACGCGUGAAGUCGGAGAUGCUUUCCCAAUUGCAUGCUACCACUUGCUGCGCACCAAAACGACCAUGUCCGCAAAUCCUUCACAACUUCUACUCCCUCUUCAUGUAUCUGAAAUCGCCCUCCCACAGAUGGAAGCAAGCAGAGGCAGAAUGACAAUGUACCCUCAUUACGGAACAGGAGCUUGUAAAGCGGACAUAAUGGACACCGAACCAUUCGAGGACCGCUGGGACGGAUUCGAAUUUGGACUCAUUGUCGAAGGAUUGGGAAAUACUGAACAGCGCAUCUGCUUUUUUGAUAUUUGCUAUUUUAACGUUAUUGCAAAUACCCCAAGCGUCCAAUGA